AUGUCGAGAACUACUGAUGCUGAUUUGGAGCGGCAGCCUCUGAGAGAAGAAAUAGUCCGUUAUAAUGCUUUGGAAGCUCAACCACAAGUGCCUGACAAAAGAGGAUGUUCACGGAAAAAAGGUUUCGUAUUGAUGGCAAUUCUGGCUGGAUGUAUACUGUACCUUUUAACUUAUAUCUGGAAUAAUUCACCCUCUUCUGAUGCUAUUGAGCAUUAUUUUGAGGAUGCUACGAAUGUUGAAGUCCGUGGCAUCUCCUUCGAUGGAUGGUACUCUGAUGGAGGUGAUCGUCUGGAUGAUCCUGGAGAUGGCGGCGAGUCGGACAGUCCUGAUGAGAUAAAGAUACUUAAGAUGAGACUGCGGGUCGGUGUUUGGAUGGACUACGAAUCAACUUCGAGUUCAGAACUCUCCCAAAAGCAAGCUCGUUUACUGAGUGCAAUUGGACAAUCUGUAAUGAAAACUGUUUGUUUCAAUUUAAAGAACAUGACCACAUACAACGAUAACUCAACAUCCUCCGAACUUCUGGGCUUUGCAAGUGUUCCUUCUCGCAUUUGCGUUGAUCUAAGAGAUAAAGUGGUGACAGAGUUGGAUAUUCCGGUACUCGUUCAACCGAAGAUUAAAAACCUUGCUUCAGUAAUAUUAAAAAUCUGGAAGAAAAAAUACAAAGAAAUUAGAAUCUGGUCUGACCUCGACGUAGAUUUAUCAAAACCUCUUUGGAAAAAUUGGAAACUUCCAAUUGGCAACAUUAAACUACGCAGAUUUGAGUGGGACGAUCUCAUUAAUUGGGAGAAGUCCUACGAUCGUCUUAGGCGUUCCUUCAUUCGCAUUACUGAACCCUUUCAAGUUGAGAGCUUCGAAUUCAGAGAUAGUACAGAUGGAUUCGAUCUCAAGGUUGACAUCUCGUGCUCCAUAGCCGAAAGAGAUGAUACAAUAGAACUUCCCGCAAAUUGUGUGUUACCACCAACUGUAUGGAAAAUAAACUUGCCAGACUGCAAUGCCGAAUACUCCAUCAGCUUAGAGCAUGCCUCAUUUCAGACCUCAGCAAUUAACAUGAACGAUUUUCCCAACGAAGGAGUUUUCUUCACGUCAAUUCAUGGCCAAGUGCGGAGUUCUUUACCUGAUCAACUGCUUUAUCAAGUGUGCUCUUCGGAUGAAGAAAAUGUCAUCACGCCAAUUAAUUUGCUGCUGGGUAAAAUAUUCAAUGGGACGGAAUUAGUCUCAUUUGAAGUACAGGCCCAAAAUGCACAAUACAUCAAUAACACUGUUUUCCCCAUCGACCUAAUUAAUGAUUUUCUGCCUAUGGUUCAGUUUCCCGUAGAUGCUAAUUUGACUGUAAAUUCAGACGAGCUCAUCGAACAGGUUUCUGUCGAUGGAUUAAAACUGAAGUGGGUAAAAGGAAAACGUGGAGAGAAGGAGCUCGCGGUUUUAGGUAAAGUCAUUGGCAUUGUCAAUAUACCUUAUUACACAUCAUCUGGUUCUGGUGCUGAGAGCAUAUCAAUAAAAAAAAUUAAAGGCUAUACGAAUCUUUAUCACGAGGAUCGUCAUUUCCUAACAGUACCUAUCAACGUGUGGAAGGAUGCUAAGUCAGAUAUGUUGCCCAGUGACGAUCGUUCUAAAAACCAGUUGCAAGUAUCAUUUGACAUAGCCAAUGAGGAGGUCGAAAUUGUGAAUCGCCUCCAACUGACGAAAUGCCUCAAUGAAAUUCUUAUUCGUGGACAGGCUCAGGUCUUCGUGGAAGGAACUUUAGAUCUAAUGACCGAAACCAAACUCGGUGAUAUCGUCUUUUUUGGUCUAAAGGGAGAUGGCAAAACGGUAGUAAAGAAAUAA